AUGUUCUCAGAGUUGAAGUUCCCUGUGCCCUGGGGCCACGUGGCAGCUAAGGCCUGGGGACCCUCAGAGGGACACCCUGUGUUGUGCUUGCAUGGCUGGCUGGACAAUGCCAACACCUUUGAUAAGCUCAUUCCACUGCUCCCCAAAGGCUACUAUUAUGUGGCAAUGGAUUUUUCUGGCCAUGGUUUAUCAUCCCACCGACCUGCAGGUGCCCCUUACUAUUUCCUGGACUACGUGACUGAUGUGCGCAGGGUGGCAGCAGCCUUGCAGUGGAGACGGUUCACCCUGAUGGGUCACAGUAUGGGUGGGUCUGUGGCAGGAAUGUUCUGUUUCCUUUAUCCUGAGAUGGUGGAUAAGGUGAUCCUGCUGGAAAAUCUUGGCUUUCUGCUAGCUCCAGAGGACACUGAGGCGUGGCUGGAAUCAAAACGACUGGCGAUUGACAGACUGCUGAGUCUAGAGGCAAAGCAGCAAGCUCCCAAAGCACGCAGCCCUGAAGCAGCUUUGGAGAGGCUCUUAGAAGCAAACAGCCAUCUGACAGCAGAGGGUGGGGCAGUCCUACUGCAGCGAGGAGCAACUGAGACACCCGCUGGGCUGGUGUAUAACAGAGACCUGAGAGUCCGCACGCAGAGUCGAGAGUACUUCACCGUGGAGCAGUGUGUGAAGCUCUUGCAGAAGAUCCAGGAUCGUGUUCUCAUCAUUGUAGCACAUGAUGGACUCUUGGUACCAUACAAGCUAGAAACCAGAAAUCAGUUUGUGAAAGCUCUGCGGGAGGCUUUUGACACUACCCUCAAAGAGCACAUCCAGCUAGUAGAGGUGCCUGGAAGUCAUUUUGUGCACCUGAAUGAGCCUGAGGUGGUGUCUGGAAUCAUCAGCAACUUCCUGACACUGCAAAAUGCUAGAGCCAGGCUCUAGGAAGCCCUCACUGCUGCAGCAGUCCAGAACAGGGAGCUGAAAAGCAGACUCUGAAGGAAUUGUCACCAUUCCUACCUCACAUCCAACAUCAGUUUGAUGAUGCUAUUUCCUAAGCUUAGCUCACUGCAGGAUGGAAGCAGGUCUGCAGCAGAUUCCCUGGAGGACAGUUGACCAAAAAGCAUCUCAGUGGUUAAAGGGAAAAGGAAUCCUUUCUCCACUUCCAGCUCUGUGAGUACAGGGACAGAGGCUCAGCACCUUGCUCCUAAGCUGCACCAUGAAACAGCAGGAACACAGGCAAAGGCAUCCUCUGGGGGAGCAGCAUCACCUGCUGCAGCACUGCAGGUGGCUUAUCUCACCUCCUUCCUGAGGAUGGUGUGACCAGUCUCCUCCAGCAUUUAGACCUACUGCAAAACCAGAGAAAAGUUCUACUUCUCUGCUUACUUCCAUGGGUGCCUGAACUCAGAAGGCUUCAGUGUCUCUGUUCUGCUGUGAGAGCUGCUCUUUUCAAAAAAUCAGCUUAAGUGAGAGCUCACCUGGGCACCAAAGGCCCUUUUAAUGAGCUCCUAGAAAAUCUGUCACUAAUCCUCUAACUCAAGCAGCUGGGAGAACUACUUAAUAAUGGAAAAGUUGGCAGAAGUGAUUUCAGUUCUAAAUAAAGAUUA